AUGGUUCAGGAAUCGAGCACAGAAAAGGAGCGGGGAGACCUUGAAAACUGGUGUUUGGUGAUCGUUUCCACGGAAUUCCGCGACUUCUGGAUCAGUUGGGAAGGAGGUGUGAUAUCAGUGGGCACAGGGACGACUGUUGGCGCAGGACAGUUCAUGACCUGGACGGACCCAGCUCCCUAUGAGGUCAACUAUCUCGCCGUCACAACGGGGUUCGGGUCUUCUGGGUCCUGGCAGUUUGAUUCUGAUGGAGGCAUGUCCAGUGGGGUACCUAUAGCAGGUGUUGCAACAGACAAUGUCUACCAGUACCAGACUGUUACCACCCGUGGCGUCCGCUUGACACGAAAAGGUAACUGUAUUCCGGCCCUCGUGUUCUGGGUACGGGCCUCCAACGACGCCCACAUUGCCUUGGUCGCCAACGACGGCGACACUGACAAUAACAUAUAUGAGAUCGUCAUUGGAGGAUUUGGCAACACAAAGUCUGUCAUCCGAGAAAGUAAGCAGGGCACAAACGAGGCAUUUGCUCUUCACAAGCCUCUCUCUCCAGAUCAGCAUUUACCAUUCUGGAUAAGCUAUGAAGAUGGUCGAGUAGCAGUGGGAUAUGGCAUCACUGUCGGAAGACGGGAGUUCAUGUCGUGGACAGACGCAACACCCAACAAAAUCAGAUACGUCAGCAUCACCACGGGAUUUGGCUCUGAUGGACACUGGCUCUUCUAUCAGAGAUACAUUUAAUUGGAUGAAGCCCCAUUAUAUUUUGAUUUAUAUUCUUCUUCUUUUUAUCGCAAACAGAAACUGUUUCCAAUGCGCUCUCUCUCUCUCUCUCUCUCUCUCUCUCUCUCUC